AUGACAGAUUCCAACGGCACAACCUUCAUUCAACCCAAGGAAUGCUCGACCGUACGCGACACAAUGCCGACGCUGCCAAACAACCUCAACUACUACAACCAAGUGCCGUUAUACCAAGAGCGCAACCCCAGCACCGACAUGCAGGAAGUCCUCCAGUCGUGCUGUUCGCAUCGCGUGUGGAUUUUCGAGGAUCCGGACCCUUGCACGGCGGUUUGUCCGUCUUUUUCCGAGGCUGAGACGCGGAGGGUCAUGUAUUGUCUGAACGCGCAUUCGGUUGUGCAUGGGAGUCGGGCUGUCAAGUCUGGCGCUGGUCGUGUUGGUGUGAGGGGCGUCUCGUGGGGGUCUUUGCUUGUUGGGCUCCUUUUGCUGGGAGCGUUGGUGUAA